UUGACAGCUAGACAGCCAAACAUGGCGGCUGCAAGCUAAAGCGACUAGUCAACACAUUCGUCUUUUAUAUCAUUGUCAGCGGUUAGUAAAUAAUCAGAACCGGGUGUAGACUCACGGAAAGAGGCUUUGAAUUACGGUCGCCUGUUUUGGGCCUUUUUAGGUUUUUAUCCAGCCGUUGUCCCGGUAUGUGAGGGCUUUAUGUGAGUGGACGCCACACCGGAGUGAAGUGACACAACAACAGUGGGCAGAGGGCGGACUGUUUCUGCGGGGUUUCCUCACCUCUCUGCCGAUAUGUCUCUCAGGUGAUCUCAGGCCUCUCUGUGAACCAGGCCCUCACUCCUUCCUCACCCCCCGCACCUCCUGCUGAUGAUGUCAUCACCACCAGCGAAGCCCUCCGCUGCCUCCCUCUCCCCCAGGUCCCAGCUGCCGCCCACAACAGCCCUGGACUCCCUGUCCCUGUCUUCCCUGUUGUCCGGGGAUUUAGACGAUGAAGAAGAUGGAGGGAGAGGAGAGGGAGAGGGGGAAGGGCUGGGAGACCUGGAAGUGAACCCAUAUGACGGUUUGCCCUUUUCUUCGCGCUACUACUCCCUGCUGGAAGAAAGGCAGAGGUUUCCCAUAUGGAGGCUCAGACAGAGCCUACUGGAGCACCUGGAGAGCCACAACAUGGUGCUGCUCAGUGCACCCAGUGGAGCUGGAAAAAGCACGCAGGUGCCACAGUGGUGUGUGGAGUAUGCUUUGUCCUAUGAGUUUUCUCAGGGCCUGGUGUGCUGUUCCCAGCCCUAUUCGGUGGCAGCGGUGAGUCUGGCCUUUCGCGUGGCUGAUGAGAUGGAUCUCAGCCUGGGUCUGGAGGUGGGCUACAGGGUGUCUCAUGAUGACAGCUGUACACCCGACACCCUGCUCAGGUUUCUCAGUGACACUCUCCUGCUAGAGGAAAUGAUGUCAGACCCUCUGCUGCAUCAGUAUGGAAUUGUGGUGUUGGACGAGCUCCAGGAGCGCACCGUGCCCACUGACGUGCUGCUGGGCUUGCUGUGUGACGUCUGCCGGCAGAGGCCAGACAACUUCCGGGUUGUUCUCCUCACUCACCCAACGCUGGCAGCUCGACUGUCCGCCUUCCUGGGACCAUCAGUCCCUCACCUCUCCCUGGACAACCUGCUCACUGACCCCCCUACCAGAGGAGAGGAGGAGGAGGAGGAGGAGGGAUGUGAGGUAGAGGAGGACAGGAAGGCUGUUGGGAUGAACACGGUAGAGACGUUGUACCGAGAGGUCUCACCUGGGAAGGAACCGGUUGCUGCUGCCUGUCACAUGGUGCUGGAUCUGCACAGAAGAGGAGAGGAAGGAAAUGUCAUGGUGUUUUUGGCCAGUGCACAGGAAACAGAAGAGUGUGUGGCUCUGCUGGAGAAGGAGUGUGUAGCACUGAGCCCUCAGCUCGGUCCUCUCAGGAUCCUCCCCCUCCACGCUGGACUGGGUGGGCUGGCCCAGCGGGUCUACGAAUCCGAGCCCGAAGCUUCUGCCGUGAGGGAGAACAACAGCUCAGAGGGCGUGGACAGCUCAGCGCUGGGAGCCGGGGGUCCCGGGGUCAGAAGGAAGGUUAUCCUCACCGAUACCCUCGGAGAGGCUUCCUUCUCCCUGCCGGCUAUUCGCUAUGUCAUAGACACAGGCCUUCAACUUAAAACUGUUUACAACCCACAAAUAAGAGCAAACUCACAGGUCCUGCGGACAAUCAGCAAACACCAGGCCGAUAUGCGCACUCAAAGGGUGAACAGCCACCUUCCAGGGCUGUGUCUCCGUCUUUACCCCCAGUCUCUGUAUGAUGAUGGGAUGGGGGAGGCUCAUUGUCCAGGGGUGGUGGAGGAAAACCUCAGCCACCUGGUGCUGCUCCUCAAGAGGCUUGAUAUUGCCGACAUGGGACAGUGCAAGUUCCUGGACAGACCAGCCCCUGAGGCUCUAAUGCAGGCCCUGGAGGACCUGGACUACCUGGCAGCGCUGGAUGAUGAUGGUAACCUGUCAGAGGUGGGCAUCAUAAUGUCAGAGCUGCCACUGGAGCCGCCGCUGGCUAAAGCCCUGAUCGCUGCCUGCGAGUACGACUGUGUUGAUGAGCUGCUCACUAUAGCUGCCAUGCUCACAGCUCCUUCCUGCUUCGUGACAGCAGAACCCAGCAGAGAGGAGGCUGCGGUCACACACUGGCGACCUCUAAUGCACACGGAGGGAGACCACAUGACCCUCAUAAAUAUUUAUAACGCCUUCAAAGAGCAUAAUCAGGAUGAGGUGUGGUGCGCAACAAACUUCCUCAGUCACCCAGCCUUACGAUUGGCUGUGGUGAUCAGGGCGGAGCUGCUGGAGGUGAUGCAGCGAAUAGAGCUUCCUGUUUCUCCUCCCGCUUUUGGAUGCCAAGACAACUGCACGAACAUCAAGCGUGCGCUCAUCUCAGGCUUCUUCCUCAAAGUGGCUCAUGAUGUGGACGGCUCAGGUAACUACCUCCUGCUAACUCACCGCCACGUGGCUCACCUGCACCCUUUCUCCUCCUACCUGUGCCGCCAGCCACGCCCCGACCCCCCCAGCUGGGUCCUCUACCACGAAUUCACCAUCUCCCGCGAUAACUGCAUUCGCAUUGCUUCCGAAGUCCACCCUCAGAUGCUUGUGGAGCUGGCUCCUCAGUACUACCUGGGAAACCUGCCAUCAAGUGAUGGCAAAGAGUUGCUGAUGGAGCUGAGGCAGAGUCUGGAGCCCCAGGUGUACGAACAGGAUGGAGUGUCAGACGAGCACAGCAGGACUCACAGAGACGCUGACAGGACGGGGGACGCUCACAAUCAGUCCGGCACCGAGCUCUGUGUUGUUCAGUGAGACGGAGCAUCUCAGGAGAGGACACUAAACACACAGCUGCUGUCACUUUACUGUUUGAUCUGAGAUUUGGUACUUUGUAUGAAUUAGUCUGGGAAAUCUCAUUUGAGGUUGAAUCAUUUUGAUGUGUGAUUUCAAAUUGACUUUUACUGGAAAACACUAAUGUACAGUAAUGUAUUGAUAAUAUUUCUCAUAUGCAGUGGCUUUGGAAAAUAUUCAAACCUCUUCGUUUUCACCUUGUUGUGCUAUGCAUCCACUUAAUUUAAAAUUUUAUUCACAAUAUUUAAUGAGGGUGUUUCUGUGUUUGUGUAUAUAUAUAUAUAUAUAUAUAUAUAUUAUGGUUGAGCGAGUACUUGGCUGUAACGAGUAUACUUGUAUACUGCUAAAUGUAGCAGCUUUUAUUAAAAAAUUCUGUUCUGACUUUUGUGAUCAAAAAGAUUGCUCUCAAGCUCAAUUCUGUAAAUAUUUUUUUAAUAAAUGUAGCAACUUCUGAUCAACUGAACAAUUUCCAACUUAAAUUAACAACCUCAGGUUAGCUAUGACCACUUCCGUUUUAAGCACCACCCACGUCCGGUGUAAAGCUGCAGUAGGUAGUUUUUAUAAAAAUAACUUUUUGUCAUAUUAGCUGAACCUUUCACUAUAUCCUGACAGUAGAACAUGAGACAGAUAAUCUGUGAAAAAAAACAGGUUCCUCUGACUCCUCCUAGUGCUCCUAAUGGCAUUUGCACGAAUCCACCCCAAACAAAAACAAUUGAAUUUGUCACAAAGUGUAUGUAAUGUUUUUCACUUCCUCAGACUAUACAAUCAACUAUCCUUCUGGGUUCUGAUUGGUUGUUUUCGUUUCGUUCUGA